GUUAUUAUUUUAUGAUAUCCUUUAUCUUCUCUACUCUAUUCUAGUGAAGUUAUUUUGUUUAAAUAACAAAACUCUUUGAUUUCAUGUUUUCUCCUUCCGAAACGCGCAUCUGUCUCUGUAAUUAUCAAUAACCUACUCUGAGAUGUCAACGCUGUCAUUGCCAUCUUGCUUCAACCUUCGAAACCAUCCAUGGUCUCCAUCUUCACUAUCGCUCAAACCUUCUUCACUCCCAAACCUUCGAUUCUACUCUCACCUCCGCAACAAGAAGAAUCUAACAUCUUUCUAUGUUUCUGCUCAAUCUUCACCUUUCGACCUUUCUCCACCCCCCAUCGACCACGAUUUCCUGGACACUGUCAAAACUGCAGGCGCUGAGGUUUCUGGGGAAGGAAUAAUUGAAACAUUUCGUAAUGACGAUGAAGCACUGGAUGCCGCAGACAAUGGGGUUGUUGUUGUGGAUCUUUCACACUUCGGCCGGAUAAGAGUGAGUGGAGAUGACCGCGUUCAGUUCCUUCACAACCAGAGCACUGCAAACUUUGAAUGUCUACAAGCAGGGCAAGGAUGUGACACUGUUUUUGUAACACCAACAGCUCGAACUAUAGAUAUUGCACACGCGUGGAUCAUGAAAAGUGCAAUAACUUUAGUGGUUUCGCCAGAGACUUGUAGGACCAUAACUGAAAUGCUGAACAAGUACAUAUUUUUUGCUGAUAAGGUAGAGAUUCAAGACAUCACUAAGCAAACCAGCUUAUUUGUUUUGGUGGGACCCAAAAGUGGCCAGGUGAUGGAGAACUUGAACCUAGGCGAUCUUGUUGGAAAACCGUAUGGUACUCAUCAACAUUUUUAUGUUGACGAGCAGCCUAUAACUAUAGGUGUUGGAAAUAUCAUUUCUGAAGGUGGUUUUUCAUUGAUGAUGUCUCCAGCAGCUGCUCCAUCUGUCUGGAAAGCUAUUCUCGCUCAAGGGGCUGUCGCAAUGGGUUCUAAUGCUUGGAAUAAAUUAAGGGUUAUCCAAGGAAGGCCUGCUCCUGGAAUGGAGCUUACAAAAGAAUUCAAUGUCCUGGAAGCCUAUCUAUGGAACUCAAUUUCUCUAAACAAGGGCUGUUACAAAGGUCAAGAGACUAUAGCUAGGCUCAUAACAUACGAUGGAGUCAAACAGAGGUUAUGGGGAUUUCAUCUUUCUGCAGCCGCCGAACCUGGCAGUAUUAUUACAGUCGAUGGGAAAAAGGUUGGGAAAUUGACUAGUUACGCCUCUGGAAGGAAUCAAUCUGAACACUUUGGAUUAGGCUACAUCAAGAAACAAGCUGCUUCAGAAGGAGACAGUGUAAUUGUUGGAGACAACAUCAGCGGAACAGUAGUGGAAGUACCUUUUCUCUCUCAACAGCGCCCACUGUCUGGUAGUUCAAAUUCAUGAUUCCUUCCUUGGGCAUGAAAUGUAGACAUCAACCUUAUUAUCCUCGAGUGUGGUGGUGAUAUAAUUAUGUUGUGAGUAGAAGUGAAGAAAUCCAUGCAUAAAUAAUACUGUAAUUUUUGUAAAACUGUUUAAGAAUUCUAUUAUGGUAUUUUUUUAUCAUGUUGGUGGUAAAUUUGUGCAUCUUAAUACAACUCUAUCUUUGUCUCCUUUA